GAAUGAGCGUCCCGCAAUGAAGUCGCGCGUUACGAUUAUUAUCCUUAUGACUCCACCGGAGCCUUUUCUCGUGGCCUAUCGGUCCCAGGAUCUCGGCGUCGGGGCCACCCAAUGUGGAUGGCACCUAGGGUUACCCAGCACGCAACGUCGUCACUCUGCACACCUUCAGAACACGAAUGCACGCAGCAUCCUAGAGGAUUCGUAUAGGAUCUUUUUGCGAAACGACGAGGCCUGGUCCUCCUCGCUUCCUCCUAGGAAGUGAUCUGGACCCACUAGGAAGUCAAUCGGGUCUCACCUCAGGGCUGCGUACCAUUAGUCACGUGGCCGACGCGAAGCACGUAGCUUCGUCGCUACGUAGGACUGCUGUACCCCAAGGCGAACGUCACGGAAAGGCAGGAGUCGCGGAACAAAGAGUCAACGCCGAUUCUCGAUGUGUGUGGGGGGGGAGGUGGGUUCGCCACAAAGACCAAGUGAGAGGAGUCGACGUCGAAGGACUCGCGUGCGAGAAGAAUCGACGGAUACCAGAAAAGGGAAGCUAACCUAACCUGACUUCGAGGAGGAUAGAAAGAGUACGUUCGGGAGACGUGGGGGGCGGCGAAGGAGAUAAAAAAGAGAGAGAGAGAAAAAAUGGUAGACCGGCCGAAUAAAAAAAUGCAGAGUGAGCCGUUCGAUCGGCUGGCACGAAGUGAGUCUCGGAAAGUGAACUGAUGUGGUCGCCGGCGGCCGUUGCUGUUUCGCUUAACGUUGACGCGCGACCCGAUCGAUCGGCUCGAUCCUGAAACUGGAGGAGACGCACCGCGUCCUUCUCCUCCUUUCGAGGACGAAGGAGGCCAGUCAGGUUAUCCUCUUACAAUUAGACGGGACGCAACUGUCAUGGCGCCUACACGUGACUACGGGACUACGGGACCGCGGCACUAGGACGAUACGUCAGACACGAGUGUCGCUGUUCUUCUCCUCGCGAGCGUUGAAUCACAAGCGCGGCAAUUCUUUAUUGCGCUCGGACGCCGGUGCAGCUUUUUUUUCUUCUUCUUUUCUUCCCUUGUGAUUUGUGACAGUUUUCUUUUUAACUUUCCCUUAUCACUCUGCGAUACUACGUGCGAGAGUGAAGUGGCAACUGUGAUUCUUCUUUGUAUUCAUAUAAAUUACAGUGACAAGUUGGUAAUUGAUUGGUCGUGAAACCCGUGAAAAAUAAGUGACAGCUGUGCACGCACUUGUGUAUUUGCUUCUAUGUUUACCAAAAUCUACGCUCGUCACGUGUACAUAGACGCUCAGUGUGAGAGAUGCGUCCAGCCGAUCCUGUCGAGGAGAAGGACCUUUACCGAUAUUUUGAUGCCACAGACGGUACCCUCGGCAGCCGGCUUCUCGCCGUCAUUCGACUACAGCACCUUUCAAUUCGAUCUCUCGCUCCUGCCGGAUGAUUACAACUGCCAGAACGCGGAAGAGUGCAACAACAACAACAACAACAACAACAACCUGAAGCCACCGCAGAUCAAGCAGGAAGCUUGUUCGCCAAGACCCGCCUCGCCCACUACCUACCCCAGUCCACCCUAUCCUGGACUUGGGGGCGAGCUGUCGCCGAAUUACUCGAGAGACACGUCCCCGGGUUACCCGACGAGUCCUUACUACGUGCCCCAGAGUCCUCAGAGCGCACAGUUCUACCCUACGAGUCCUGAGCCCUCGAAGCAGCCCGUCAAGCGCGAAAAGAGCCUCGACCUGCUCGCCAUCCUGCAGGAAUCCAGACUCCUGGCCGAGAGCCUAGGGUACAAGGAGGAUUCCACCGACUGUACAGUCCCGUGUACGCCACCCAGGACCGAAGAGGACAUCUACAAUACCCUGGACAGUGAUUUCUUCGCCAAGAAGGAGGACUCUGAUCCUCUUCUGAAGGAGAUCCUCUUCAAGGAGGAACCACUCUCGUCCAGCUCCUCGUCGCCGGCGCCAGGAUCCCAAGGAUCGCCCGAGUACGAGAGUUCGCCGUUGCGCGACCUCCUCUACAAGGGCACCAAUCAUCACACCAAGGGUGGGAGCCUGGCGGAGGAGAGUCUCAAGAUCGGCACUCUGAAGGUGGAACUUCAGGACGAUCCGAACGAAGGAAAAAUCGGGAAUCCUCUUCAACGAGAGGAGGAUCUCUUCAAGGACGGCCAGAAGAGUGAUCACCAGCUGCUUCGGGAGGUCCUGAGGGACACCAGCUUCCAGAGAAAGUACAAUCUGCGUCCCGUGGACCUGGGGGGCGUUGGUACUGGGUACGUCGAGGACAUGGAGGGUAGCGAGUGCGUCGGCGACCUCGCCAGGGAGCAGAUAGAGCCCGUCCUCAGUCUAGCCAUUCAGCAGCUCCAGAAGGACUUCGACAACACCUGCGUGGCCCUGGGCAUCCAUCCUGAACCGCGCCGCUGGAGUGCGGCCGACGUUGCAGCUUGGGUGCAAUGGGCAAGGAGACAACUGCAGCUGCCUUCGGUGCCACUGGAGAGCUUCAACAUAGACGGCGCCACCCUGGCCUCGCUCACCGAGGAGGAAUUUUGCCAGAGAGCUCCCCAGUGCGGAAGCAUGCUGCACGCGCAGCUUGAGAUUUGGAAGGCUGCCGUGGAGGAGUCACCCAGGAACACUCUGGCAGCCUCCUGGAGUCCCCCGGGUGUCGUCAACGCGGCCCCCGGCAACGCAACCGGCGGCUCGGCCUCCUCCGCCUCCCCCUCGUCCCUGGGAAAUACGAGCAGCAAUACGAAGGGCGGCUGCGCUAUGGAUUAUUCCGACGGUAAGAGUCCCGCGGGAGGUCGGACCAGGACGAGUCAUCCUCACGAGGAUACUCAGCCGGAGAUCACUCUGGAUAUUGCAGAAGAGGACGAGGACGCAGCGGUUGCGCAACAGGGCAGCGUCUCCGCUGGGGGGAAGAUGCGUAACGGCGGCUCCCACAUUCAUCUCUGGCAAUUCCUGAAGGAACUCCUGCAGAGUCCCGGUCUCCACGGAUCCUGCAUCCGCUGGCUGGACCGCAGCAAGGGCGUCUUCAAGAUAGAGGACUCGGUGCGGGUCGCCCGACUCUGGGGCAAGAGGAAGAAUCGGCCGGCCAUGAACUACGACAAGCUCAGCCGCAGCAUCCGGCAGUAUUACAAGAAGGGCAUCAUGAAGAAGACCGAACGCAGCCAGAGAUUAGUCUAUCAGUUCUGCCACCCGUACUGCCUCUAGGUGAGUAAGGCGUCGCCGUCGACGCCGACGUCGUCCACUCUCAUCGCGCGAUCCUGACGCUCGACCCGCCGCGUAGCGGUAACCGUCGAGUGAUAAUGCGAAUUGUGAUCGUGCGAUCGAGAGGAAGGAAAAUGGGGCUUCCGUAUUUUUUCCAAAAAUUGAAAAAAUCGACCGCGAACCAUUGGCGAGAGUGUGUGCUAGCGUGUGUGAGAAUGCCUGGACGAGUGAAUCCUAAGGAUACGAGAGAUACGAGUAACUGUCGAAGCGGAAGUCCUAGGUAAAUUGCGCGUCAAUCGCGGAAGUCGCUCGUCCACAUGGAGACAAUCCAAGAUUAAUGAAAAUCCACCGAGUUUUCGUUAUUUCGAAAAUAAUGCUAAACGACGGUUGGGUACCCUCGAGUACGCCUAUUUGGGCGGUAAAUUAUUUAGCCUAUACGUUUUCGUUAAUUGAUUAACAUAUAUAUAUAUAUAUAUGUAUAUACAUAUAUACAUAUACAUAUAUUAUUUCGUAUAUGUAUUAAUUUUUUUUUCGUUUUCAACUAAUCCUUCGACGCAUCCCCAUUGAACGCGGUGUUUUCUAAAGGACACUCGACUAAUUGAUAUCAUCGACAAACGAACACGUACUAAUCAGAGUAAUCGACAUGUAGAACUUAAGCGCGUCGCUCUCGCUCGACCUUAAGGCGAAGGAGCGACGAGAAAGGUUCGAUCCCUUUUGGUAAGGUCUCGUUUAAUCGUUAAAAGAGCGGGAGGUACGUCCCGCCAUGUUUUGUUUUUUGAUAAUGGUUCACUUUCCAACUGUUCUUCAGAGACGCGAUGACGAAUCGAUACGAAAAGGAAAGAAGAAAAAAAAGGAAAUAAUGAAAAAUAAGCCUCUUCUUAUAAUUGCUUGCUGAUCGCCUCCGCGAGCUUCGCCAUUGUGUUUCCGGCGGUCUUAGCGCGCGGAACGUUUUCGCUGCUGCUUGAUCGACGGCGCCACUUUCCAAUUACGCGGGCACGAAUUUGAUCCUUUUUAAGGAUCAUUCACCGAGCAAUCGAGAAACGUACAGUGCCUUGCGGAUUUCAGAGUGAUCCAAGAAAUUUGAAAAACUUUCAAGUGCCUUUUUUAUACGUCGCGUGAGAAAAAAAAUAUUUUCUUUUUUUUUUCCCACCCAAAAACGCGACUUUGCUUCGGUCGUUGGAAAGAUGGCGGACUUUGGCAAGAAGCGAACAGUGCGGUUGCGAUCGGUGAUUUCGGUCCCAUAUAUCUAUGAUAUAUUACAUGUUGUAUGUUCCAUGAACGACUAGUAUCUAAGCUAUACUUAAGAUAUAAGCAAGGCUCACGUGGGCCUCUUGUAACCUUUUUAUUUCUUCCUCUGUUCUCUUCCUCUUAAGGUACCUUUAAUAACGUGCAUGCAUAUCUUAAGCCCGAGGACACGUCCAUCGCAUUGACACUGGGCAUGCUGAUUGAGGUAUCGCCCGAUCAAUGGGCGGACGAGCCCUUUUAAUUAGGUACACCUAACUAUAGUUAUAGCACGUCGUUAUUCGUUGCGUUAGAAUUAAAUUAAUUUCAAUCCAAUUACGAAUUAUAAAUUACGAAUCCUCUCGGCUCAAGUAACUCUAAGCGAUUUUUAUUAUUAUUGUCGUCCAAGAAAGAGUCUUCGGAUUCUUGUAUUUCUUAAUUUAUCUUAUUACUGUUAUCUUCGAAAUCCAUUAACACCCUUCUCGGUCAUGCUGUUACUUUGUUUUCUUUUUCUCGAUUACGAUUCUUCAAUUGCUCUGUAUAUAACUGGCAUUACGCUGUAACCGUAUCUAUAUUUAUUGCGUCCAAGACGAAAUCUUCGUUUAAUCGUCACCUGAGGGUAGCCCUUAAAGGUGUCAUUCUGUCAAGUGCAAAAGGUACAUCAGAUUGAAAAGUCUAGACAUCGACGAUUUUGACGAAGAAAAAUAAUGAAAAAGCAAGUAAUAUUUGUUUUGCAAAUUCGAUCAAGCUUCUCUUGAUUUUUCACGCUACAACUAUUAUUUUCUCUUAAUUCUUUAAUUAGACAGUAUACACAGAAUUCCUACAUGGAAUCGCAAGCAAUAAGGUAUAGUAAGUUCCAAAACAUGGUACAUAACGUGACACGUACAGAGCGCGUUAUUAUUGUCCACCCUAUAUGAUAAUUUUAAUAAACUAUAGCUCGUGCCUCGCUAUGAAUAUACGUACACGAGUGCUGUAUAGAAAGAUUAUUAAAAUAUAUAUAUAUAUAUAUAUAUAUUGUCCCACGAGAAGGACAGAAACAGUACUUAGAGCGUACAUGGAAGGGAAGGAAGGUGGGAAGGGUCAAAAGGAAGUCCAUCCCAGCGAAUCGAGUAAUGAAAAGAAAAA